GGGUUUGACGAAGGCAAAGCUCUGAGCUUCAUGUUCAUCAAAUCCGAGACCGAAACCCGUGGUGGGGUCCCCAUCCAACUGGCGCUGACUCACCUCUACAAGAGCGACGCCUACAGGAAGCGAGCAAAAGACUUGUUCACGAGUCCAAACGAAGCCAUCCUGUGCACUGACCUGUUCCAGAGCACCUACACACAGAUGCUAUGCGGCCUUCACGAGCGCCACCGCAUCCACUCGGUCCACGCCCUGUUUGCUUCCGGCCUCGUCCGCCUCAUCAACUUUCUCCAACUCCACUGGCAACAACUAACACAUGACAUUCGCACAGGAUCCCUCGACCCAAGAGUCACCGACGAGUCCAUCCGCAAAUACAUGGCCGGCACCUACAAGCCCCAUCCGGACCUGGCCGAUUCCAUCGCCAGUGAAUGCUCGCGGGACAACUGGGGGGGAAUCAUCCCCCGAAUUUGGCCUCACGCAAAAAUCUUAGGCGUGAUUGCCACUGGAACAAUGGAACAAUACAUCCCAACCCUCGACUACUACAGCGGAGGACUCCCUAUAGUUUCCAUGGUGUAUGCAUCAUCCGAAUCCUUCCUUGGGAUAAACCUUAACCCCAUUUGCAAUCCAUCCGAGGUCUCCUACACUUUCAUGCCAUUCCUAGCUUAUUUCGAAUUCAUUCCCUACGAGCCCAACUCCUCAGGCCAAUCAGAUCCUGUUGACCUAGUCAACGUCCAAAUCGGCAAGGAGUACGAGGUGGUACUUACUACACCUGCCGGGCUCUACCGAUACCGACUCGGCGACAUCGUGCGGGUCACCGGCUUCUACAACUCGGCCCCACAGUUUCGGUUCGUGAGACGGAAAGACGUGGUGCUAAAUAUUGACUGGGAAAAGACAAAGGAAACGGAGCUGCAAGAGGCAGUGAGAAAUGCUUCUCGAUUGCUACUGCAGUUCGAUGCGAUGCUGCUCGACUACACAAGCCGUGCGGACACCACGUCUGUCCCGGGGCACUAUGUCGUGUACUGGGAGUUGCUGGCCAAGGACUCGGGUGGUCUGCCGAGUGAUGAGGUUCUUCAACAGUGUUGCCUAGUGAUGGAGGAGUCCUUCAACUCGGUGUACAGAAUGUUGAGGGAGAGCUCGAUCGGACCAUUGGAACUGAGGGUCGUGAAAAACGGGACGUUUGAAGAGAUGAUGGAGCAUGCAGUCUCCAGGGGUGCUUCGGUUAGUCAGUACAAGGUCCCCAGAUGUGUGAGAGACAAGGAAAUGGUUGGUCGUCUUGAUUCACGGGUGGUGUCGAAGCAUUUUAGCACGUCCCGCACUGCCACAACCUUCAACUUGGACCAACAGAGACUCCCCGCUCCCGCCUCGACUACAGCCCCACCGUCGCCGGCGGCGGCGGCGCCAACCCACCACCGAACGGUAGGUCAAUUUUUCCGGCGACUUCUGGACAGGAUUUUGGCAUCAUUUCCGGCGUCUCCCUAUCAAUCGGCGCACCCUCCAAAGCGGUCGGACGUCCGCCAGUUUUCGUUCUUCUACCCUUCGGCACCACAACCCUGCCUCGUGGAGUCUCGGUCAGCCCCCGGUAGGCCCCUUUAUGCUUACAUCCCUGACCCCCAGAUCUUCUUCAACUCCGGCUCCGGCAUAUCCAGUUUC